AAAAUAUCUCAAUGCUUCUACUAUAUCCCAUUCCACACAUAAAUUAAUUUUCCUACUUCUUCUUCUUCUUCUUCUUCUUCUUCUUCUUCUCUUUUAAUGUAAUGAUGAUGGCCGGAGAGGAGAAGAUCACACCGGUAGUGAUCAUAUCUUGCCUCAUGGUGGCCACUGGUGGGUUGAUGGUUGGCUAUGACAUUGGUGUUUCCGGUGGUGUUACAUCAAUGGAUGAUUUUUUAGUGAAAUUCUUUCCCAAAGUUUAUACGAAAAAACAAGAACAAGGACUAGAGAGCAACUAUUGCAAAUAUGACAACCAUGGCUUGCAAUUAUUCACAUCAUCUUUGUAUCUAGCUGGGCUAACAUCGACAUUCUUCGCAUCAUAUACAACUCGUCGUCUUGGUCGAAAAGCAAGCAUGCUCAUUGCCGGCGUCUUCUUCGUCGUCGGGGUGAUAUUCAAUGGGGUUGCACAAAACCUUGCCAUGCUCAUCGCCGGAAGGAUAUUACUUGGUUGUGGUGUUGGCUUUUCCGGGCAGGUUAUACCCUUAUUCUUAUCAGAGAUAGCUCCGACUAAAAUAAGAGGAGGUCUAAACAUCUUAUUUCAACUUGAUAUCACCAUUGGCAUCCUCUUGGCCAAUCUUGUCAACUAUGCCACCGCCAAGAUACACCCUUGGGGUUGGAGGCUAUCUUUAUCUCUUGCCGGCAUUCCAGCUAUUCUUUUAGUGUUGGCUUCUCUGUUGGUUGUAGACACUCCCAACAGUCUCAUUGAACGUGGUCGGAUAGAAGAAGGCAAGGCAGUGUUGGCAAAGAUUCGUGGUACUGAAAACAUUGAGACAGAGUUUAAUGAGAUCAUUCAAGCCAGCCGUGUUGCUCAACAAGUCAAGCACCCAUUUUGUGACCUCAUUAAGAGACACCAUCGUCCUCAACUUAUUGUUAAUGUGUUCAUCCAAGUCUUUCAACAGUUAACCGGGAUUAAUGCAAUCAUGUUCUAUGCACCAGUGCUCUUCAACACCUUAGGUUUCAAAAACGAUGCUUCUUUAUACUCAGCUGUGAUCACCGGCACAGUUAAUGUUCUAUCAACCAUUCUUUCUAUCUAUUCAGUAGAUCGAAUUGGUCGUCGUGUACUCCUGCUCGAGGCCGGCAUCCAAAUGUUCAUUGCACACAUCAUGGUUGCCGUAAUCCUCAGUAUCAAGGUCUCCGAUCAUUCUAGCACUUUGAGUCAUGGCAAUGCAGUGCUUAUAGUGGUACUAGUGUGCAUCUUUGUUUCGGCAUUUGCUUGGUCAUGGGGGCCUUCGGCAUCACUGAUACCAAGUGAGACGUUUGCUCUUGAGGUGCGACCGGCCGGGCAGAGUUUGGCUGUCUGUGUGAAUUUGGUGUUAACCUUUGUUAUUGCCCAAGCUUUUUUGUCCAUGCUUUGUGCUUUCAAGUAUUUUAUCUUUGUGUUCUUCUCUGUGUGGGUUUUGAUUAUGACUUUGUUUGUGAUGCUUUUCUUGCCGGAGACUAAGAAUGUACCGAUUGAGGAGAUGGCACAGAGAGUUUGGAAGAAACAUUGGUUUUGGAAGAGGUUUUUGGUUGAAGAUGAAGAGGAGAGGAAGAUGAACGUUGGAGAGGAACUCUGAGUUCUUUUUAGUCCAAGAGAGAUUUACAACUUAAUUUUCUUUGUUUUUUUUUGCUAUAAUUAUGUUUAGAUAAAAAAAAAAAAAAUCAUAAGUACUAGGGACUAUUUGGAUUCAUUUAUGAAUAACUUCUUAAUUUAUGUUAUUUAAAAAUA